AUGACGGAGAACAAUCUCGAGCAACUUGUUCCUGUACUUCUUGAUUCAUCUUGGUCCAAUGAUCUGAUAAUUAAAUUGACAGAGAUUUUUGAAAAACAAACUUCUGAAACAAUAUCAUCGUUUGUUUCCACAUCAUUAACGUCUUUGGUCACCAUCGAACAUUGGGCAUGGCAAAUGCUCAGUAAAGAUUCACGACAAUGGAUUAAUUUAGAUAAUUGUGUGAAAUUUUUUCAUCUACUUCAUUCAUUUAAUAUGAAAUUGAUUUCGAAUAAUAAUGGAAUUGAAUUCGACACAAAAAUAUUACUUUUGAUUCCAUCAAAUAUCAAAUGGAUUGAUGGCGUACUUGAACAAAUUGAAUCAAGCAAUGAUACAUUUCUAACACUUGUGAAUUUGUGGUUUGAUACUUUGUCAUAUUUAGUUCAUCAAACUUCUGAUAUUGUCUAUUCACCAACGAUGCUACAUCUAAUUAAUCGAUUGAGUCGUGAUUUUAUAAUGACAGAUCAAUAUAAAUUCUAUUUAAAACAACUUCGUGAACCAAAUGUUACACAAUCUGUAUUUACUGUUAAACAACAUUUUUAUAUGAAAACAUGUUCAUUUUCAUUGAAUGUUUAUUUUUGGUCGAAAUCAGAAAAUUUUCCUUUAAUUAGCGAAGAAAUUACUAAAUUUCUUAGUGAAGAUUAUAUACAAAUGAUUCUUGUACAUAGUUAUACUAUGAAUUCGUGGAAUAGUGAAUUACUUUCUUGUAUUGCACAUAUUAUCGGUCUCAUAUGUUCAUCAUGUUGGUGGAGUGGAGAAAAACUUCAACAUAUCGAACUUAUUGUUUCAUCUAAAGAUACAACAUAUGAACAUAUUUUUGCACUUAUUCGACUUGUUAGUUAUCAACCUUUUCAUCAACGUAUAUCUGCUCAAUUAUACAAUGAUGAAACAGUUCUUAUGGAUGCAUGUUUAAUAUUUUUAUUUCGUACAGUAAAAACAUAUGAUUUAGGUUGUUUCAUAAGUUCACAAACAAAUUUACCUGAAACACUUUGGUCCAUAGGACAAACAUCACCUUAUGAUCCAAUUCGUAUGUAUGCAUAUGGAUUUCUAGCUGAAAUUCUUUCUGAUAAACAAUUGAAAGAAUGGAAAAUUAGCAAUAAUUUGUGUGAAUUUUACUUUCAUAUUUUGGAACAAGCAUGGAAUCAGCCAACAAAAAAAUGGAAAAAAAUAACAAUUCCAUAUUUAUUAAAAGGUUUCUUAAGUUUAUCAUCGAACGAUACUAUUCAAACUGCAACAGCCAAUUUCAAUAAAAUAUCAUUAUUUAUUGAAUUAUGUGAUCAUUAUCCUAUAGCAUUCGAUAUUAUUUGGGCUCUUUCAUUCAAUUCAGUUAUUGUUAAACAACUUCAAUGCAAUCAAUCAUUUACAGCUAAAUUAGUUCAUAUCAAUCAUCAAACAAAUGAUGAAAAUAUACGUAAAAUUGUGAAUGGUAUUCUUUGGAAUUUACAUUCAGAUCGUGAAGAAAACAUAAUAUUAAAUAAUAGUGAGGAAAAAAAAUUCGAUAUUAUGAUUAGUUAUUCACAUAAAGACAAAGAAAUUUGUAAACAAUUAUAUGAAGAACUUGUUCGAGUUGGUUAUCGAGUAUGGAUUGAUUUUGAUCAAAUGUAUGGUAAUGUCAUGGAUGCAAUGGUAGAAGCUAUUGAACAAUCUCGAACUAUAAUGAUUUGUAUGAGUGAACAAUAUCAACGAAGUAAUUAUUGUCGAGCCGAAGCACAAUAUGCAUUUCAAAAACAAUUAAAUAUGAUACCAAUUCUCUUACAAAAACAUUACAAACCAGAUGGAUGGCUUGCGUUUUUAAUUGGUUCAAUACUUUAUAUUGAUUUUACUAAAUAUGAAUAUUCUAAAGCAAUUGAUAUGUUGAUGAAGGAACUCAAAAUGAUUGAUACACGUAGUAAAACUUCAACUAAAUCUAUUCAAUCAAAAUUAAAUUAUGAGAAUUUAUUGACUGUUUCCUCUAUUUUAACACAACCAUUAUCACCAUCAAUAAUACUUCCUGAAAAUAUUCAAGAUUGGACAGAAAUACAUGUACAGAAAUGGCUUUCCGAAAAUAAUCUUCCACAGAUGACUCGUAUUUUAUCCGGUAUGGAUGGUUUAAGUUUAAUGUAUUUCAGUGAAUAUAUGAUCAAAAGUGAACCACAACAAGUUUUAUCAUUACUUCAACAAGAUUCACUUCGUCGUAUAAAUGAGAGUGUAUCAUUAAUUGAAGUAUCUCGUUUUCGAACAUUGAUCGAAAGAAAAAAUUUAUCGAUAGUCACAUCAACCAAACAAUCAUUUAAAAUUGAACAUUAUUAA